AUGACUGUUGGGCUUUCUCAGGAGCACUUCUGUUUUCCUGAGUCUAAUGCCUCGUGCGUUACGGCACAGUUUGAUGUAGGGACCAGAUUUGCCCUCUAUACAUUGUUUGUUUCGGGCAUGCUGAUUACCAUUUUAGGAAAUGCUGUUGUCAUUGUGUCCAUAAGCCAUUUCAAGCAGCUGCAUAAUCCUACCAAUGUGCUGAUUUUAUCUCUUGCUCUUUCAGACCUUCUUGUGGGCGUUGUUGUAAUGCCUUUUAGUGCCAUCAGAACUGUUCAUGGCUGCUGGUUCUAUGGGGAAAUCUUCUGUGAGAUGCACUCCAGUUUUGAUAUGUUUCUUACUAGUGUCUCUAUCUUCCAUCUGAUUUGCAUUGCUGUAGACAGACAUCAAGCAAUAUGCAAUCCUCUGCUUUAUUCUAUGAAAAUCACCAUGCCAGUGGCGUGGAUUAUGGUGUUUUGCAGCUGGGCACUGGCUGCUGUCUACUCUUUUGGACUGCUUUACUCAAAGGCUAAUGUUGCUGGGUUGGAGGAUUACAUACAAUCAAUUAACUGCCUUGGCAGUUGUAACCUUCUCUUUAACCACCUUUGGGGGAUCCUGGAUAGUAUUACUGCCUUUUUCUUCCCUUGUGCUGUAAUGGUGUGUCUCUAUACAAAAAUAUUUACUGUAGCAAAAGAGCAUGCACGUAAAAUUGGAGAUGUGAAAAAUUCUUCAAAUGACAGAGGAAGAAGUGGGUUUAUUAAACAAUCUGAGCACAAGGCUGCAAAAACUUUAGGAAUUGUGCUUGGCGCAUUUAUCUUCUGUUGGAUGCCGUUUUUUUUUAAUUCAAUAAUUGAUGCUUACAUUGGCUUCAGCACACCAGCUGCUGUCUUUGAAGCAUUUGUUUGGUUGGGCUACUUUAAUUCAACCGUGAACCCAAUUAUUUAUGCUUUGUUUUAUCCCUGGUUUAAGAAAUGCUUUAAUCUUAUUGUUAACCUGAAAAUAUUCAGUCCUGAUUCUUCAGACAUUAAGGUGCAUACUCUGGCAUAG